AUGGCUGGCAUUAUUGAACCUACCAGCGCUCCGGCUGAGGAAGCCCACGCUCCUCGCACGCUCACUACCGCCGAAAUCAACAACAACAAGACCUCCGGUGGCAACGUCGCCUUUCAUAACUUCAACAACGACUUCGCUCAUGUUGCUGAUGCUAACGAGCGUCGUCGCCUGGCCCUGGCCGAGAUUGAUAAAGCUCCCUUCGGCUGGUACCACGUCCGUGCCAUCAUUGUUGCUGGCAUCGGUUUCUUCACCGACUCGUAUGAUAUCUUCACAAUUGGUCUCGUUACUUCUAUGCUCGGUAUCGUGUACUAUGGCGGCACUCUCCCGACAGAAUACGACACCGCUAUCAAGGUUGCUACCUCUGCUGGUACUGUUAUUGGACAGGUCGGUUUUGGUGUCCUUGCCGACAUUGUUGGCCGUAAGAAAAUGUACGGUGUUGAAUUGAUGGUCAUCAUCAUUGCCACUAUCGCCCAGGCCCUCUCUUCGUCUUCCCCCUCCGUUUCUAUCACUGGCCUUAUCGUCUUCUGGCGUAUCAUCAUGGGUAUCGGCAUUGGCGGCGACUAUCCCCUUUCUGCUAUUAUCACUUCUGAGUUCGCUACAACCAAGUGGAGAGGUUUCAUGAUGAAUGCCGUGUUUGCCAACCAAGGCUUUGGCCAGCUUGCUGGUGGUCUCAUGCUCCUGAUUGUCACUUCUGGCUUCAAGGGAUCUCUUGAGACUGCCACCAAGGCUGCCACUUGCUCUACGACCGAGCCUUGCUUGAUUGCUGUCGACAAGAUGUGGCGUACCAUGAUUGGCUUUGGCGCUGUCCCCGGCUGCCUCGCCCUUUACUUCCGUCUGACCAUUCCCGAGACCCCUCGCUAUACUUUCGAUGUCGACAACGAUGUUCAUAAGGCUGAGGGCGAUGUCGACUACUACAAGCAGGGCAAGUGGGGUGAGGCCCAGGUCGACGAGGCCGCCCGUGUCGCGGCCCGAACGGAGGCCAAGAAGCAACUCGAGGUCCCCAAGGCUUCUUGGAGCGACUUCUUCCGCCACUACAGCACAUGGAAGAACGCCAAGGUCCUCCUUGGUACUGCCGGCUCAUGGUUUUUCCUUGAUGUCGCUUUCUACGGUCUUGGACUGAACAAUGCCAUCAUUCUCAACGCCAUCGGAUGGUCGGGCGGUGCAGACAUGUACCACAUCUUCUACAAGACCUCCGUUGGAAACCUGAUUCUUGUUCUGGCAGGAGCUGUUCCAGGCUACUGGGUUUCUGCCGCUCUGGUUGAUACUAUCGGACGCAAGCCCAUUCAGCUGUUUGGUUUCUUCGUCCUGACUCUCCUGUUCUGUGUCAUUGGCUUUGAUUUCUGGAACCUUUCCGGCGGUGCUCUGAUGGCCCUCUACACGCUGGCUCAAUUUUUCUUCAACGCUGGACCCAACUCGACGACUUUCAUUGUUCCUGGCGAGUGCUUCCCGACUCGCUACCGUUCAACUUCGCACGGCCUUUCUGCUGCGUCUGGUAAGCUCGGCGCUAUCAUUGCCCAAGUUGUGUUCGGACCGCUCCGCACCAUCGGCGCCAACUCAACUCUGGCCAAGACCGACCCCAGAUGGAGCACCCCUUGGUUGAACCACAUCAUGCAGAUCUUCGCCUUGUUCAUGCUCUGCGGUUUCUGCACCAGCUGGUUGAUUCCUGAGACUGCUAGGAAGACUUUGGAGGAGCUCUCUGGAGAGGACGACCUUGCUACCAGCGCAAUCCCUGUCCACGGUCAUAAUGAAGAGAAGCGUGUCGAAGAGGGCACCGCGAACGGAUCUGUUUAA